GCCGCAUUUGCUGCCUGGAAACCUCCCGCGCGUUCACUCUCCCUAAGCUCCUGACGCAGUUCUGCCGUCGCGCGCCUUCUCUCUCUGUCUCGUCCGCCUACCCAAGCGCUCUCCCAGCUCCCUCCCACCUACCUCCCAGUCAUGAUGCCCUGCCCUGGCCAUCUGGUCGUCGCCCUGGCCCUGGUGCUGACCCUGAGUCACGCCCUGCCCGCCAAGGAGGUCCCCAAGGCGCAGAAGGAGGUCUCUUCGGCUCAUGAAGGAGGACGGUUGCAGAAGAGAGCUGCGGGUCCCUCCUCUGACACCAGCCAGGAGGAGCUCGAAGCCCUUAAAGACCUCAUCCUGUCCCGUCUGGCGGCUGAGCUUGAUGCCACCUAUCAGGACCUGCCAUCUUUCAAGCAUGACUUACUGAAGGCGGAGGUCGAUGGGGAAGAGGACGAUGAAGGAAACGAAGAAGGAAGGAGGGAGGAGGGCAAGAAGAAGAGGAUGUUUGCCCCUCUCUCUGGCUUACCGGGUAACCUGCGUACCAUCAAGAGACAGAUUCGGUACCAUCAGUGUUAUUUCAACCCCAUCUCCUGCUUCAGGCGGAAGUGAAUCUGCUGGCAUUGCAAGUAGAGAUGACGCCGCUGCGAGCUGUUGACGUCAUCCCACUCUGACGUCAUCCAGUAGCCUGACCAGCGCGUCCACUCCCGCCGCUUGACGUCAUCAUCAUCAACAGCAGCAGUAGUUCAGCAUAACCUUCAGGAUAACAAGCAGCGAGUGAACCAGUGACGUCACCAAUACCUGAAUGUUGCGUGUGUGUGUGUGUGUGUGUGUGUGUGUGUGUGUGUGUGUGUGACAGGACUGCAGCUCUUCUCUUUGGGCCAAUCGAUAUAUGUAUUACCAUUUUUUUUUUUUUUUUCAGAAAUGAUGUGUUCUUUUACUUUUCUCGAGUCUGACAUGAUUCAAGUUCACCAAAAUAACUUUGCUUUUUUUCAUGACUGUUCUUGUUUUUUAGAUGUGCUCUACUCUCUCUCUCUCUCUCUCUCUCUCUCUCUCUCUCUCUCUCUCUCUCUCUCUCUCUCUCUCUCUCUCUCUCUCUCUCUCUCUC